AUGACUCCGGAAUGGAUCGAUUUUCACGCUUCGUCAGAUAUUCUGCUGCGGACAGACCCGACAUCGUCGUCGCUAGAUAUCGAAGUUAAGACGCAGUUCUCUUUCAACAUCACAAUCACGCGAGAUGUAGAUGAUCCUCAACGACAACCAUGCAUUAUCCACUGGGACCCCAUUGAGGAUGGAUUUGGCCAGCCGGGAAUGCUGCUACUUCGUUACAAUUAUCCACACAGUUCCGACCUGCAACGCUUGCAGCCCGACUUGGAGCAGUUGGGGGCAAAAUCUCUCCACCCACGAGAAGUGAACACCUCAGACCCGUGCUUCAGACAAUUGAACCCAGGCGACAGCGUUUCUUGGGAGGUGACCUUGCCAUCUGUCUACUUCGAUAUGUUCCAAACAGGAAAAUCCUACAAUGUUUUUUGGGCAGGCGGGCAAAUUCCUUUAUGGGACUGGGGCACAUUAGCGGAGCAUAGUAACCACAAACUCGGUCCUAAGUCCCCUGCAGCAAUACUGCCCAGUGGUCUAGGGCAUAAAAUUGACGUUCCCACCGAGGAAAGCGAUAUAGAUGAUGUGGGCCCAUUGUCGCCUUCGCCUGAACCUAUUUUGGCACCUGCUAGGAUGAGUGGCGCCCCAAUCUUUAGCCUUAGCAUUGCCGGACCUACUACGCUAUCGAUGAAAGAUCACACCCAAGAAGGUAGACUGCGUCAUUCUGUCACAGCCACACUCUCCUAUGACACAGCUCCGGACGCCUAUGACGGAAUGCCGGUUACAUUCCAUACGUUCAAAUUUGAAGGUUGCGAUCGCCGUGAUGACGGAUUCCGACUCUACUUUCAACAAAAGGAGAAGGAUGACUGGAGUCCGCAUGAGCUUGGGGGUCUCUUUACCCACCACGCUUACAGAUUUUCUACUACCGUUCCGGUAAACGUUGGCCGUGACCCCAAUGGUGAAUUCGUGGCCCUGAUGCCUGGUGAAUCAUGGUCAUUUACGCGGGAGGUGAGUGACUUCCCGCAAAAUGUAGCACUCGGUGAUCGAUUCCGGUACGGGUUCAAGGGAGCUUUCAUUGACUGGUGGGAUUGGGGAAAUCUUCAUGAUCAUGAAGAUACUGUGGUGUUGGUUAAUGGCAGGGCCAAGUCGCAAGAUAAUGAGUGCCGGCCUAAACUUGUGGUGCCAGUUAGUAACUUCGUCGAGUUUGAACUAGUUGAAUGA